UUUUGUGUUGGAUUCAGCACAUAAUAAUCAUAACACACACACACAGUGGUUAUCGUGUGUCACAGGGGGUGUAAGCUGCUAAACUCCGCCCCGGCAGCUCUCCCAGCUGAUAGCCUGUUCCAUGUUUGGGAUUGUUGUGAUGUGAGGCCGCAGCCAUCUUGGAUCAGCGCCGCUCCACACCGAGCAGCAGGAGGACGGACGACGUUAACGGCAGAGCCAGUUAGCUGACGUUAGCUGCUCGGCCAGAUUAACCACAAUCUGUGUCGCUGUGUGGUGCGACUAUGCUUUAUAUACGUUAUUUUUCUUCGUUAGCGGCCGCUUUGAGUGCAUAAAAAUGGGUAUAAACUGUGUUAAGCGUUUAACGUUAUAAAUCCGGAGAGGGAGGCGGCGGUGUAGAUCCUCGGUAUAUAUUUUUUAAAAUUUCUGAAUAGAGGAGUUACUAUGAAUGGAGGAUAAAUGUUGCCAAAGGCUGACAGCAGCAGUUUCGUCCUCUUCUCUCUUCUCUUCGUCCUCACGUUAACGGACUCACCACGGACAGGUCCGCGGCUAGCUCUGGCAAGAUUAUUGUCAGAGCAGCGCUGCAGCCCUGGGCAGUUUGCCUGCCGCAGUGGGAAGAUGCAGUGUAUCCCAAUGUCCUGGCAGUGUGACGGCUGGACAGCAUGUGAGGACAAGAGUGACGAGAUGGACUGUCCCCCUAUAAAGGAGGAGAGGUUUCGUUUUGGCAACGGAUAUGACCAGGUAGAAGACGUCAUUGGUGUGGCUCAGCCUGUGCGCUUCAACAAGAAAUGCCCCAGUGGGUGGCAUCACUACGAGAAGACAGCCAGCUGUUACAAAGUGUAUCUGAGGAGCGAGAACUACUGGCAGGCUGUGGAUACUUGUCAAAAAGUCAACGGCUCCUUGGCUACUUUUGUUACCAACGAGGAGCUGCAGUUCAUACUGAAGAUCGAGGUGGAUUUUGACGACAAAGUCUGUGAGCGCAGAGACCAGUGCAAGUUUUGGGUGGGCUACCAGUAUGUGAUCACCAAUCAGAACCACUCCCUGGAGGGUCGCUGGGAGGUAGCAUAUAAAGGUUCGAUGCAGGUGUUUCUGCCACCUGAGGGUCUGACCAAUUUUGGGGAGGCGUCUCCCACACAGGACAACGUUUUCUGUGCCCAGCUGCAGCGCUUUCAGAUCAAAAGCAUGAAUGAACGAGGCCUGCACAGCUGGCAUGCUGAGAACUGCUACAAGAAGUUCCCCUUUCUCUGCAAGAGGAGGCAAACGUGUGUGGAUAUAAAAGACAAUGUUGUAAAUGAGGGCUACUACUUCACCCCUAAGGGGGACGACCCGUGUCUGAGCUGCACGUGUCACGACGGCGAGCCUGAGAUGUGUGUGGCUGCGCUGUGUGAGCGUCCGCAGGGCUGCCAGCACUUCCGCAAGGAUCCCAAAGAGUGCUGCAAGUUCACCUGCCUGGACCCAGAUGGAAACAGUCUGUUUGACUCGAUGGCCAGCGGGAUGAGGCUGAUCGUCAGCUGUAUCUCGUCCUUCCUCAUCCUCUCUCUGCUGCUCUUCAUGGUGCACAGACUCCGUCAGCGGAGACGUGAACGCAUCGAAACUCUGAUUGGAGGAAACUUGCACCACUUUAACCUUGGAAGACGAGUCCCAGGCUUUGACUACGGCCCGGAUGCCUUUGGCACCGGCCUCACUCCCCUGCAUCUGUCUGAUGAUGGAGAGGGAGGCGCUUUCCAUUUCCAAGAGCCUCCACCGCCAUACGCAGCCUACAAAUACCCCGACAUCCAGCACCCUGACGACCCCCCUCCUCCGUACGAAGCCUCCAUCAACCCAGACAGCCUCCUCUACGUGGACCUUGGACACAGUGGGGUUUCCAUGGUGCUGAGUCAGAUGAACGCCAUGGGAGACGGCCUCCAGGCCGAUAUUCCCAACGCCUCUGGUCCCGUGCCAGACUCUGCGCCAUCUUCUCAGGAGAGGGAGGACUCCAUAGAUAGCAGCACCCUCCUGGUGGGGCCCGACACCCCGACAGAUGGCCACACCCCCGCCUCCAUGCCCGCAGACUGCGUCUCCACCCUCAGCACCGUAGUAUAGGACUGUGGACAGACGGCAGGGAGCUGCAUCCGGACAUUACCUGCUGGUUGAGGAAGGUCAUGAGUGCGUUCUGCACCAGGAGAGGACACAGCAGACUGUUAUCAAAAUGCUCACUGGAGGGAGAAACGUUUGUACAGGCAUAUCAGAAGCAGCCUGUGUCUUUGAGGUGGAGACUCUUCUGCAGUUGGCCUUCUGAGUGUUGUUUUGUUUAAGAUACUGGCAUCUGAGGGAGCAGAGAGGACUGUGUCUGUACAGAGGAAAAAAACACUACAUUGAGGCUGAGAAGGCUGCACUUUUACUUUUAGCGUUGACUGAGCAAAGCUUUUGAAACAUCUCAGAGUUGGCCUGAUUGGUCGAGAAACCCUGAUGUAAAUACGCCCUCAGGUCUGUGCCGGUCAAAUUUGUUAUACUUGUGUGUCCCAGUCCAGCACAAGGCGAAGAAUGACAGACGGACAGUGAAGCCAGCUAUUGUUCCUUGUGCGUUUUUGUUUGCAUCAUACUGUCGUUCAGACGGACGUAUCUGUAUUGAUAUUGUCAGGCUAUGAUAACGUUCUGAUCAGCCCAGUCUGUCACGGCAUGUCCCAGAUCUCGAUUUCUACUCGCUCAUUAAAAUCUACUGUCCCCUCACUCUUAUUAGUCUGAUACAUGAAGCUGUCUUCCAGGUUUAUAGCGCAUAUUUGCAGCGAAAGAUGUUUUGUAAUUAAGAGGUUUAACCUUGCAAGAAGGUACGGUUAGUUUCCUGCUAUAGGGUUUUUAUUAGGUAAUGCUGACACAAGGCAUUUAUGUAUCAAGGAAUGUUGUGGUACUGAUAAAUAUGAGUUUGGUAUUGUGUUUUUUUUGAUGAUGAUUUAUGAGUGCAGGCGGCUGUAAUCUUGAUUGUUUUGUUGUGGCAUAGACACAGUCUGAACUCCCCACUGAUCAGCGAGCGAGAGCAAUGAAGCUUUUCUAGUGCAUGUGUGAAGAUUAGGGAUGAUACCCCGACACUGAAUUUGAGAAAAAUCAAUUUAUGUAAAAUAACUGUUCCAAUCAUGAAGUCGUUUAAUCAUGCAGACAGUCCCAUUGUUGUUACUUUAUCAUCAACUCUUUGCAGGAUAGUCGUGUAUUUGUUAACUGAACUAUGUUUAUUGACUCAAAGCGCAAUGUUUUAGCACGCUUAUUUUAUUUUUUGGAAAGAAAUUUGUCAUUUGUCACAUUUGGAUGCUGCCCCUCCAUUCCUGAUAUCUCAGUUAUCGAGGUUGUUUUCAGCUACUGAUGAAGGUGAUGUCACUGACUGUAGCUGUGAGUCUCUUUCUGUUUGGUGUUGAUGGGUCUGUUACUGUUCUCUGUUUUUCUCAGUGGGAUUGCAGUAAAAACUAAAUUGUAAUAAAAGAAAAGUGUAAACUUGUUAGAGCCCUUGUUAUGACGACAAUCGUUUUGAUUCUCUCAAGGAUGAAUUUCUACAGAGCCUGAAGAAGUUAGAUCAGAGUCGACCCACAACCACCAGCAUUCAAACCGCUUUUGAUCUGCCUCAAGAAAACCAGCUGUAAAUGUGUGUCUGAAAGACUGCAUAUCUGUGUAGAUCAUGUUUGAAUGUAUAAAACUUUUUUUUUUUGUGCUGAAUCUUAUUUUCCCUUUUUUUUUAUUAGAUUUUUUUUUUUGGCAUCGACAAUCCACAGUGGAUUAUCCAACAAAAUAAAUCUCAUGAAUUGUGGAAAAAAGGUACCGUAUGUAUAGGAGAUGGUGUUGUGGUUUGAAAUUUGUUUGUUUUUCCAUCAAGUUUGUUUGGUUUUAUUUUUCAAGCUGCUUUUUGGUGCAUGUUUUUAUUUUUUUAAUUAUUUUUUUUUUUAUCUUUUGGCAUGCUGAGAGAUUUUUCUUCUGAUGGAAACAUUUUUAGCUCAACAGUCUGUCCUGUUCAGUAGGUUCAAAGACUCCUGCAUAUAGUUUCAUAUCUCCGUAUGCAUCAAAAAACCUGCCCAUGACUCCAACUGCUGCAUUUACACUGUAGUUUCUGUGCUAGACUAUGACUGUGUGACAGCUAAUUUUACUGGAUUUGAAAUGUUUUAUGUAUAAUACAACAAAUGCUUAAUUUCAUUGUCUUAUUUUAUAGCCUUUAAAUCCUUCAUUUGCGGGGGGGGGGGGGGGUGCUUGUGUUUUUCUGAGGUCGAUGUACAUCUAAUCAAAUGCCAAAUAAAUUGCAUUGAAGGACGA